AUGUCUGCUGCAGUUGCAAGUCCUUCGGCCGGCUCUCUCACCAACACUGGCAAGCGCGGUGGAGAUGGCGGCGGCAAGCCUCCUCGCAAGCCAACUGGCAAGGGCGACCCUACUGGUCAUUACUCAGUCAACCAGAUCACAGAGGUUAGUAACAUCAUCAACAAGCUGGAUCUGGCUUUCAUCACACAGAUACACCAGUCCGCCAUGGCUCUUGCAGACGCCGGCGAGCAAGUCAGACUUCGUGUCGAAGGCGCUGCCUUUCUGGAGCGCAACAGUCGUCAACGCCUAGCCCCUAAAGUUCCAGACAUGCUUGAUCAGGAAUUCCACUCUUCUUCUUGCGCACUUACUCUCGACGACGAUGUCUUUCUCAAGAGACAUAGUACGCGUAGCGCCGGCUUGCAGAUCAUCGACUAUCCCAUCUUGCUGGCUAUGUGA